AGCGCUCACUGACAAGCAGACAACGCGCCACACGCAGCUCGAUCCGUGCGUCCACUGCAAGCAACUCUUUCUAUCGCAGGCAUCGAUGCAACACGACACCAAAUACGACGAGGUCCUCCUGAACGUGGCUGGCCAGUGCGGCGGCAUCGCGCCGCUCCUCGACACCUUCUUCUCUUUCCUCUACCGCAAGACCGACUUCUUUCACAUCAUGGCGGAAGGCGAGAACAUGGGCUUUCACGACGGUGUCGCUGAGAAGCUCGUGCUGCGCGCCUUUCGCAAGUACGAGGCUGCGUCGGCCAUGGCGCGGCAGGAGAGGAGCGCGGCGGGCGCGGCGGCGGACGGCGAGAGGCUGCCGCCGGCGGCGGCGGCGGCGUCGAGCAGCUCGCCGCCUGAGCCAUGCCCUGCCACACCGGCCGACGCCCCGGCAGACGCCGCUCCUCUGCCGCCUCCGGACUCUGCCAGCGAGGAGGCGCAGCUGGCCGCCGCGUCCGGGCCCGCGCCCACGAGCGCAGGCACGGCGACGGUGCCGCCCGGACCGCUGGCCCGGCCGCCGGAGGCUCCCUACAACGGAGGCCACACCGCACGGUACAGCUGGGAGCAGACGCUGCACGACGUCUCACUCCACGUGCCUGUGCCGGCGGCGACGCGCGCGCGCGACGUGGUGUGCGUCAUCAGUAAGCAGCGGCUGAGCGCGAGGCUGCGCGGCUCAGAGGAGGCGCUCGUCGAAGGGCGCUUCCCGUGCGACGCGCGCAACGGGCAGGAGGUGUGGGAGAGCGUCAAGGUCGACGAGUCGACUUGGUCGCUCGGCGAGUCUGCUGGAGGCAUGUGCCUGAGCGUGUACCUCGAGAAGUCUCGCGAGUCGUGGUGGGCGUCGGCACUCCACGGCGACGCAGAGAUCGACACGACCAAGGUGGACUCGACGCGCUCGAUGUACGAGUACGACGGCGAGACGCAGGGUGCGAUCCGCAAGAUCCUCUUCGACCAAGACCAGAAGCGGAAGGGACAGCCCACCUCGGACGAGAUGCAAAACGAGGAGCUCCUCCGGCGCGCGUGGGACGCGGAGGGCUCGCCCUUUCGCGGCACGCCCUACGACCCGUCCAAAGUCAGCCUGUCCCAGGGUGGCAGUGAGACGUAAGCCCGUUCCCUCCGCGGCGGUGUUGCGUCAAUGACACCGAUGCAAGCCGAUGGCCUUAACUCGCACGUAUGGGCCGUACGAAAUGUCAAGGCAGGGGGCGCGGUCAUGGGCUUUCUUGCGGGGCGCGCGGCGAGUAGAAAGGGUGCCAGUGAAAAAAAAAAGGAGACACUUGCGGUGUGUUACUACUACUACGAGCGGUAGCGCA